AUGAGGCUCUUCGUCGGACAGAUCGAUGAACCUGCAGAGAUAUACACUUACACCUUCCACGAUUCGGAGCCCUUUGUGAAAAAUCGAGCUGCAAUCACGACAUCAAGCGAAAUCGCGCUCUUCCACGACCUCCCAGCCUUGUGUCGAACCAACCGCCAACUAUUCAACGAAGCCACGCCAAUUUUCCUCGCUCAGAACCUGUUUUCAUGGAACACUCAGGAGUCGAAGCAGCUCCUGGACCUGUUUUCUCAUCUUCCUGAAGAUGCAGCAUCCAAGCUCGUCAAGCAUAUCUCAAUAUACAACUGGACCGAGCAAGGCAAUCCCACGCACCUCGAACUGAUCUCCAAAUUCACCCAGCUCAAGUCCAUCGAUAUCAUCUUCAGUUUUCCCAGCAUUGAAGACGGCGUGCGCAUGGAGAGGUUCGAUUACACCAACGAGCAAGAAUUUUAUUUGGAAACUGGCUUGCACUACGAUCUCCCCGAAGGACGCAGCCUUGAGGAAGAGAAGGCGAGUCUUGCGCAAGACGUUGAGACGUCCGUCGCGCAGUAUGGUCUCGAUCGCAUCAUCGAUAUGCCCAAGCUCGACGGCAUGCAGUUCCAAUUCGCAACGAAUCAGGGUGAAGAGGAUGCUUUUGGCGGCAACCAAGAGACUAUCAUCAUGUAA